CGCCACCAGCAGCUGGAGCCGGGCGGAAUGGAGAGGAAAGAGCAGCGGGGCGGAGGGCGGCGGACCGACGCCCACCAGGACCCGUGCGAGGGCGAACCCGGGGGCGCGGUGGUGCAGCGAACGCAAGUGGUGCUCCUGGCCGGCGAGCCGUGGGGGGCCGAGAGCGGCCAGCAGGUCCUCAGCUCCUUCGCGCACCACGUGCUGCCCACAACGGGUGGCGGCUCCCAAGAGGCCCCUGGUGCCGAGCCCACCGAGAAGGCUCAGCAGCAGCAGCAGCAACAGCAGCAGCUAGGCACUCAGUCGCCGCCCUGCACUUCCUCGGUCGCGCCGUCGGGGCAGCUGACUUUCUUCCUGUGCCGGGCGGCGUCGCUGCGGGAGCGGGCGGCGCGGCUGCGGGAGGUACUGCAGGGCGUGCGGGACCAGAGCCGCGGCUCGCCGGCCGCCCUGGUGGGCGUGAUUGUGCAGCCGCGACCCGAGGAGGAGUACGAAGCCCUGAGUCGCCUCGAGGAGCUGCUCCGCGAGGUCUUCGAAGUCGAGGGCACCUGCUCUAUGGAGAUCCACACGGCCGUCUUCGCUCCUGGCCGGCCCGACGGCGCCCUCGAGCUCCGGCGCAUCAAGGGCCGCGUCGCCACCAAGCGAACGCUGAGCGAAACUUGGACAGACAAAUCAAGGUUUAUUCAGUUGUUGGGAGCUGCGCUGUCUUUCGGAACAAUGGCCUACGGGGGCUAUUACUUCUACCAUCACCCGCCAAUGUAAAGCCUUCUACUCUGCCAGGACUUCUCCCUCCUUACCUGGUUAAGGUGCGUAUCAAGGGGGAGGAGGCAUCUCUGUAGGAACCUGGGGUGAUGAUCUUCUGCUCCCAGGGUUAGCACAGGCAUAGCCAGGGGGGCAGCUGCCCUCCCUAAAUCAAGUAAAUAAAUAAAAAUAGGAAUAAUCAGAAUAAUUGAAAUUGAAAUUCUCGCUGAGGUCAUUUGGAUGAUGUUGCGGCACAUUCUAGCGACUCAACUGGCAAUCCGACUGAACGAUAGGCGUAGUUCCGCAAACUGACCAAUCACAUUGCGGGUAGCUCUGUUCUGGAAGUUUCUCAUAGUUUCCAGCAUUUUCUCCUGAGAAGGUGCACCUGCAGGGCCUGUCUAGUUUCUAAACAACUGGAAGGUUCCCACAGGCUAUUUAUACCCCCUAAAUUAAAUCCUGGCUACACCCAUGAGGGUUUGAGCUAAUUAAUAAUAAUAAUAAUAAUACAGUAAUAAUAAUUUA